CAUGUCGGAGCGGAUCCCGGCAGCUGAGGUCCCCCCCUGACAGCAAAGAGAGGCCGCUCCCCCCACCACACGGCCCCACACGGCUGUUCACAUCGCUCCUGUCACCCCACCUUUCUUUUUUUUUUCUUUUUCUUUUCAUUUGCGAGCCCGGUCGCCAUGCUGGAGACCAUACAGUCCGCGGUCCUGGAAGUCGGUGAAAACUUGUUCCCAACUCUUCCCAAACUUUCAGCUGACGAUGUUGUGAAUGUAUGGGCAAAUGUCGCAGGUUUUACGGAUCGUCAGAUGUCCCUCCAGAAGGGAGUUCAUAUACCAAACCUUGGGACUUUUACUUUCUCACAGCAAAAGUUGGAUAUGGGACACAAACAGAUCCUAAUGCAGAGGCCAGUAUUUCUGAUGUCUGAGAAAAAUGUGCAGGACCAUGGAUUAACAUACACAAAACAACAUGUAUCUGAUGACAUACCUAUUGUUCCACUGAAUUUUACUGCUAUAUCUCUGGAGAGCCCUUUUGAUCGAGAUACGGUUGAAGGGUGUGUUAAAGAGACCCUGCAAAUCAUGUACCGUUACAUCUCAUUGAAACGCAAUGUGGAAUUCAUAUUCAAGGAUAUUGGUGUGCUAACUAUACGUAAUAACAAGGUCAAAAUGAAAUUUUACAAAGACUUUCUUAAUGCCAUGGAUGGGAGUGGGUACUUAGUGAAAGCUCUUUCAAAUCGACCCGUGACAGAAGACUCUGUAAUAUCAAUGAAAGAUUCGAGUGAAUUUCGUGCUACACCCAACACUGUUGUAUUUCCCUGCAUUCAGUCCAAUGAAGUAAAUGAUCAAAAAUUAUCGAUGGAAACAAUUAAUGAGGAAGAUAGAGAAAACAAUGAGGGUAUGUACAAAGCACAACACAAUGAGACAACCAGAGAAAAUGAACAAACCGAGAAAUUAAAAGAAGAGAAAAAUAAAGAAACAGCAGAAGCCUCCCAUGCCAAGCAAACACCACUUAGAAAAUCCAUGACUCCUGCUAUAGCCUCUGCUAUAAGUCUGACAGAGGAGUUUGAGAAGUCUGAUGACCCUAAAGCACCAUCAGAAAGGUUACCACCUCAAAGCCAUCUUUCAUCUCCUCAGUGUGGCAUUCAGCACACAAACUCAUCUUCUUCGAAGCUCAAAACACCAACAACACCAGCCAAUAGCUGCCCUGAUCACUGCAGGGCUGGACAGGAGUUAUGCUAUCUUUGUAUGCAACGAGCUCUGAGAAAUGUUCCUGUUGAUAUGUCAGAGGAGAAAAGAAGAAGACAGGAGGAAGAGGAGCAAAUUCUGCAACAAUAUCAACAAAUGAAAGACCAGGAUGCUCUCUUCAAGCAUCAGUGUGAAAUGUUGGCCAGCAGAGAAUACAACCAAAAGAUUUCAGCAUUCAACAUGGGAGUCGCUGAAGCCAUAAAGAGACAAAAGAAUUCAAAAUGCAAAGAAUAUCAUAAAGGAUAUAUUUUCCAAAAGAGGCCUUUUACCCCACCAAUUUUACUAGGGCAAGAAAAGUAUUCACAGUGUCUGAAGAAACAAUUGGAAGACAAGAACGAAAGCGACAACAAGAAGAAGCAGGAUGAGGAGUUCCUGGAUCGCCUUGAGCAAGUUCAGCUUGCUGAGGAUCUUGCUGCCCAGAGAGAACAGUAUUUGAAGGAAAAGCAAGAACAAGCAGACAUCUAUAAGAGAGCACUGGAUGCUCAGGUUAAAAAUAAAGCAUUUCAGUUGCCAGCCUAUGAACCCGACUCUGCUGAGCCAAUCUUUGGUCAGAAUGAAAUGACAUAUGAGAAAGAGUUAGAAAAAAGACAACAAGCUCAUGAGCUCUAUAAACAACAGCUGGGGGCAGUGGUUGAACGUAAGAGGAACGCCAUCCUGAAUCAGAUGUAUGAGCAGAAGAAGGAGUUAGAAAUGCUGGACAGAAAUAAGAAAGACCUGAUUGCUGAACAUAGAAGACAGUAUGCAAAUCUGUGCAGAAUGCACAAGGCUUUAGAGGAAGCAUGGAGCGACAGUGCAAACCUGAAGCGACUGAAAGAUUAUGAAGAGACUCAAUACACAAAGGCUGGAGGUCUUUUCCUACUUGAUCAAUGUAAUAAAUACCGACGUUGCUAUCAGUGUCAACGGCGUACAUCAGGCUGUGAAGAGACAAACGUUUGGAAUAAUUCACGUUUCAUUGAUUAACCCUCUCUGCUUGAAUGCCAAC